AUGAAGCUAGCAUCUUCCGUCCCUGCCAUAUCCAUCUUCCUCCUUCUAACCACCGCGAAAAAUACAACCGUUCCGAAAGAGACUCCAACAGCAGCAAUUAAUCUAGCCUCGUUCCAUAGUACCAUCGGAGCCAGGGACUUAUCCUCCGACGUAUCCCUCGAUCCCUCUGAGCCAUCUGAACGAUCCAACCCAUCCGACCCAUCUCUCGAUGUCCGCCCCCCAAAGAAGCCCAAGAAGGAAAAAGAACCAGAAACUUGCUCAAGAAACUCAGAGUGCUUCUGGAACCACAUAUGCAUUGACGGCGUAUGCGUCCCUUCAAGAAGCACGGCCGUUGGCGAAAAUGUCAGGCAAAUAGGCAAAAUUGUCUCAGAAAUUAUCACUGUUGUUAUCAUCGGUGUGGGAGCGGAUGGGGCGCCGGGGGACGAAUGGGGUGAUAUUGGACCGGAUUCUGGGGAUAUGGAGGAGCUUGUUGAUAGUGGGGAUACGACGACCACGCCGGCGAGUUUGGAGAGACGGGAGUUGGUUGUGGAGGCCAGGGAGUUUGAUUUGGAAAUUGGCGAGAAUCCGGACGAGGAUGGUCUAGAUUCUGAGCUUAUUGAGAAGGGGAAGACUGCUUAUUGGGGAAAUUACUGA